CGCCGCGUUUUUAAUGGAAACAUGGCGAUGGCGGCUCCGACCGGCAGCGCGGCGCCCGUCGCCCCGGCCCUCUGCGGCCACCUCGCCCUGCUGCUGCUGCUCGCCGCCCCCGCCGCCCACGGCUACAGCUUCCCCCAGCAGCACACUAUGCAGUACUGGGCCAGGAGGCUGGAGCAGGAGAUUGAUGGAGUGAUGAGAAUAUUUGGUGGAGUCCAGCAGCUCAGAGGGAUCUACAAUGAGAAUAGAAACCUAUUUGAAGUCAAGGAGAAUGUGCCCAGGAAAUUAGUGGAGAAGGUUGCAGGGGACAUCGAGAGCCUCUUGGCCAAGAAAGUCCGUGCUUUAAAGAGACUGGCCACCGCGGCGGAGAAGUUCCAGAAGGCUCACCACUGGCAGGACAACAUCAAGGAGGAAGACAUCGAGUACUACGACUCCAAGGCCGACACCGAAUACGACGACCCCGACGGGGAGGAGAUCGAGAGGGAGAAGUCCAACUCCCUGAAGCUCGAGUUCACCGACGACGCCAACUUCAAGACCAAGGUUAACUACUCGUACGCCGCCGUGCAGAUCCCGACGGACAUCUACAAAGGCUCCACCGUGAUCCUCAACGAGCUGAACUGGACCCAGGCCCUGGAGGACGUCUUCAUCGAGAACCGGAAGGAGGAUCCCUCCCUGCUCUGGCAGGUCUUCGGCAGCGCCACCGGCGUCACCCGCUACUACCCGGCCACGCCGUGGAGAGCGCCCAACAAGAUUGAUCUCUACGACGUGCGCCGGAGGCCGUGGUACAUCCAAGGGGCCUCCUCGCCCAAGGACAUGGUCAUCAUCGUGGACGUGAGCGGCAGCGUGAGCGGCCUCACCCUCAAGCUGAUGAAGACCUCGGUCUACGAGAUGCUGGACACCCUCUCGGACGACGACUACGUCAACGUGGCCUCGUUCAACGAGAAGGCGAAGCCGGUGUCGUGCUUCAAGCACCUGGUGCAAGCCAACAUCCGUAACAAGAAGGUCUUCAAGGAGGACGUGCAGGGCAUGGUGGCCAAGGGCACGACCGACUACAAGGCCGGCUUCGAGUACGCCUUUGACCAGCUGCAGAACUCCAACAUCACGCGGGCCAACUGCAACAAGAUGAUCAUGAUGUUCACGGACGGCGGGGAGGACCGGGUGCAGGACGUCUUCGAGAAGUACAACUGGCCCAACAAAACGGUGCGCGUCUUCACCUUCUCCGUGGGGCAGCACAACUACGACGUGACCCCUCUGCAGUGGAUGGCCUGCGCCAACAAAGGUUACUACUUCGAGAUCCCCUCCAUCGGCGCCAUCCGCAUCAACACGCAGGAGUACCUGGACGUGCUGGGCAGACCCAUGGUCCUGGCCGGCAACCGGGCCAAGCAGGUCCAGUGGACCAACGUCUACCAGGACGCGCUGGGCCUGGGCCUCGUGGUGACGGGCACCCUGCCCGUGUUCAACCUCACGGAGGACAGCGGCGACAGGAAGAACCAGCUCAUCCUGGGCGUCAUGGGCAUCGACGUGGCUCUGAACGACAUCAAGAAGCUGACGCCGAGAUACAACCUGGGGGCGAACGGGUACGUCUUCGCCAUCGACCUCAACGGAUACGUCCUGCUGCACCCCAACCUGCAACCCCAGAUCAUCAACUUCCGCGAGCCGGUGACGCUGGACUUCCUCGACGCCGAGCUGGAGGACGAGAACAAGGAGGAGAUCCGGCGAAGCAUGAUCGACGGCAACGACGGGCAGAGGUUCAUCAAGACCCUCCUCAAGUCCGUGGACGAGCAAUACAUCGACGAGGUGUUCAGGACCUACACGUGGGCCCCUAUCAAAAGCACCAACUACAGCCUGGGGCUGGUCCUGCCUCCCUACAGCACCUACUACAUCCAGGCCAACCUGAGCGACCAGAUCCUCCAAGUGAAGUAUUUUGAAUACCUGCUGCCAAACAGCUUUGAGUCGGAGGGACAUGUGUUCAUUGCCCCCAGAGAGUAUUGCAAAGACCUCGACCUGUCAGAUAACAACACGGAAUUCCUGGAAAACUUCAUCGCCCUCAUGGAAAAGGUGACCCCAGACUCCAAGCAGUGCGACAACUUUCUGCUGCACAACCUGAUCCUGGACACGGGCAUCACGCAGCAGCUGGUGGAGCGGGUCUGGAAGGACCAGGACCUCAACACGUACAGCCUGCUGGCCGUCUUCGCAGCCACCGACGGGGGCAUCACCCGCGUCUUCCCCAACAAGGCCGCGGACGACUGGGAGGAGGAGCCGGAGCCCUUCAACGCCAGCUUCUACCGGAGGAGCCUGGACAACAAGGGCUACGUCUUCAAACCGCCCUACCGGGACGCCGGCUACCGCGGGCUGGACCUGGAGAACGACACCAUCGGGAUCCUGGUGAGCACCGCCGUGGAGCUCAGCAUCGGGGGCAAGACGCUGAAGCCAGCAGUGGUUGGCGUGAAGCUGGACCUGGAGGCCUGGGCGGAGAAGUUCAAAGUGCUGGCGAGCAACCGGACGGACCGGGACCAGCUGGGCACGCGCAGGUGCGACCCCUCGACAAGCUGCGAGAUGGACUGCGAGGCCAACAACAAGGACCUCAUCUGCGUCCUCAUCGACGACGGAGGCUUCCUGGUGCUCUCCAACCAGGAGGAUCACUGGUACCAGGUGGGCAAGUUCUUCAGCGAGGUGGAUGCCAACCUGAUGUCUGCCCUCUACAACAACUCCUUCUACACCCGCAAGGAGUCCUACGACUUCCAGUCCGUGUGUGCCCCCGAGGCGCAGAGCAACACGGGCGCUGCCCCCCGCGGCGUCUUCGUGCCCACCGUGGCAGACUUCCUCAACCUGGCCUGGUGGACCUCGGCCGCCGCCUGGUCUCUGUUGCAGCAGUUCCUGUACGGCCUCACCUACAGCAGCUGGUUUCAGACCGAGGACGUCGCGGCAGACAGCGUGGAGUCCAGGGAGACCAGCUGCAUCACGAAGCAGACGCAGUACUACUUCAGCACCGUCAACGCCACCUACAACGCCAUGAUCGACUGCGGGAACUGCUCGAGGCUCUUCCACGCGCAGAGGCUGGCCAACACCAACCUGCUCUUCGUGGUGGCCGACAAGCCCAUGUGCAGCCAGUGCGAGUCCGUCAAGCUGCUCCAGGCGGAGAUCCGGGCUCCGCCGCGAGACCCGAACCAAUGCGAGCUGGUGGACAGGCCCCGCUACCGGAAAGGCCCCCACAUCUGCUUCGAUUACAACGCAACGGAAGAUACCUCAGACUGCGGCCGAGGGGCUUCGUUCGCCCCCUCCCUGGGGGUCCUGCUGUCGCUGCAGCUGCUUCUCCUCUGCCUGAGCGCCGGCCGGCACCCGCUGCCCUCGGCCUCCUGCCUUUAAGCGCCCGCGCCGCCGGCCCGUCCCCAUUUCUUUUGCUCCGAGCGCCAUCUCCAUCCCCCUUCCCGGCGCGGUGGGAAAGGCAGCGGCGUCUUCUCCCC